CUUUCGCCUCACCAUCAGAGAAUAUAUCUUUAUCAUUUCAGUCCCAUAUCAUUCAUUGUCAUAAGCAUAUACUUCCUCAAACUCACCCCUAGUACAAUGAUAGCAGGAACCGAGCAUAACCCAGACAUCUGGCAAGCCUAUCUACGGGAAUUGCCCGGACACCAUGAUCCUUCUUCUGUGAAUACGAUCGCUCUCGAGAAACUGCUCGCCACACGUGUUCCCUCAGUCUUGACUACCAAGGAAGAGACCCGUGUCCGAGUAACCGAUGUGAGGGAUGGCCGCAGUGAUUCUUUUCUCUGUGAAACACCCGAUGCUCUGCAACAGGCCUUAGCCAUGGAUAAUGGAAAGUUGAGGAUCGUUUCAAUCUACUCGGUCAACGCAUUUAGUCCCUUGAGAAUCUCGCCGGCCUUGAUGGCAGACAUAUUCCGACGAUAUUCCGUUCACCCUGGGUUCAUCCAAGUCCUUCUCUCGUUCGCAAGCAAUGUCCACGUCUCGGAGGCAGGGAACAAUUAUCUAUUUGCUGGCAAAGAUGGCGGUGAUUCUUAUAUAACAUAUCAGAUCAACUACGUCGAAGAGAAGCACCAUCCGAGAGGGUUGUUAUGGUCAUGGCGUCAUACAGGAGUAUACCAUCAUCAUUGUAUUUCAUCAGGGGGCGAGGAGUCUGAUCUAUUCAUCCUUCUUCAUCCCACCGAAGACAACGUUUACGAGCGACGAAUACAGAAAGAGCUUCAGCUUCCACCCCCACAAGACAUACCGUCAGAAUCCCACACAGGUCGCGAGCAUAGAAGCCACCUCCCAACAGCUCUCCACUCCCUUGCCUUGUCAUCAUUCUUGGGGAACUGGCGAUGGUACCUUCGAGAUCUAGGCAAGAAGUUUGAAAAACACAACGAUCUUGCUCUCAUCGCCGACCCCGACGAGGCGACACCCUUAGAAAGUUAUGACAUGCUUGCUUCUCUCCGCGACCUCAAUGACUCAGCCCUGCGUGCUCAAGUGUGCUGUCGUGGGAGCCUCGAGCUGGUGGAAAGGCUAAAGGCCGCCACAUCUUCUGGAACACUGAGUACGGCUGAUGACACGUUGGAGCGAGCCGUAACGGCAUGCGACGCUAUAGGGACGGAACUUCGUGGCUACCUUGCAAGCUGCGAUGAACUGAUCCCCCGCAUCCGCAAUGCGAUAGACUUGGCGGGCUAUACCCUCUCCUUGCACAACCAACUGGACACCGCAAAGAUCGAUCGCGAACUGAGAGAUCUCAUCGGCCAUCUUGAGAUGUUGCAGCGCGACUCGGUCGAUGAUAGCGCCGCAGUCAAGAUCAUCACAUUUCUGUCCGCAGUCUACCUGCCCGGCUCAUUCAUCGUUAGUCUCUACGGGAUGAACUUUUUUGUAUUCGACACAGAUGCCCGCCAGAUUGUCAUCGCACAUGAUUUCUGGGUCUUCAUCGCCACAUGGCUUCCACUAACCCUUGUAACUGGUCUAGUGUAUGUGCUGAUUGUCUGGUUUGAUGCGUGGUGGAAACGGAAGCCAUUUAACCUGUUCGCGCGACCAGUUAAGAUAACCAAGCUGCAGUCACCUCGAGGCUAGCUAUUCUACUGUGCACUCUUUACACAAACCCGUUCAUUGCAUGUGUAGCAGUGGGCGUGCUUAAAUAUCAAUUGAAGUAUUUUACAG